AGUCGCGUCGCGGCCUUCGGCAGCAGUUCACGGACAGACACGAGCGCGCGCAGCGAUGGGACUCAGCGCGAGAAGAAAGAGUUCUGCAAAACCCGGAUCGACUUGGCUGUUCUGAAUCCCAUCGGGUCGAUCGCUAUGGAGAUCUGAGUGUGACCGAUCCUUAACAACAGCGAGAAUUUGUAGGUUGGUGCUGGUGUAACGUCGUUGUUUGACCUCGUGGAUGCGGUGCCUGUGACAUCUCCAGACUUCAUCUCGAGCCGUGGAUCUGCUGCUAGUCCUCUAACUAACCCACCCACCCCUGCAGAGUCCGGGGGUGAUGCUGUCCGUUCUCUCGUACGGUAGACUGGUGGCCCGAGCGGUCAUCGGCGGACUCUCUCAAACCGACAGCCGCGAUUACAGCCUGGUGUCUGCCAGCUUCGGCUUCGGGAAGGAUUUUCGGAAGGGUAUCUUGAAGAAAGGGAUGUGUUAUGGAGACGACGCGUGCUUUAUAGCCCGACACAGGUCUGCUGAUGUGUUAGGAGUUGCUGAUGGGGUAGGUGGCUGGCGUGACUACGGGGUCGAUCCCUCUCAGUUCUCUGGGACGCUCAUGAGGACGUGUGAACGGCUGGUCAAAGAAGGACGAUUUGUGCCAAGCAGCCCAGUGGGAAUCCUCACCACCAGCUAUUAUGAGCUACUUCAGAACAAAGUACCACUCUUAGGAAGCAGUACAGCGUGUAUCGUGGUAUUAGACCGGCAGAGUCACCAGCUACACACGGCAAACCUGGGCGACUCUGGCUUUCUGGUGGUUCGAGGUGGAGAGGUGGUCCACAGGUCCGAUGAACAGCAGCACUACUUCAACACCCCUUUCCAGCUCUCUAUCGCCCCUCCUGAGGCAGAGGGCUCCAUCCUCAGUGACAGCCCUGAGGCUGCCGAUAGCUCUUCCUUCGAUGUCCAGUUGGGUGACAUCAUACUCACAGCUACAGACGGGCUCUUUGACAACAUGCCAGACUACAUGAUUUUACAAGAACUCAAAAAGCUCAAGAAUACCAACUAUGAAAGCAUCCAGCAAACAGCCAAGAGUAUUGCAGAACAGGCCCAUGUUCUAGCAUACGACCCCAAUUACAUGUCUCCAUUUGCACAGUUUGCCUGCGAUAAUGGCUUGAAUGUCAGAGGAGGAAAACCAGAUGACAUCACUGUUCUGCUGUCAAUUGUAGCAGAGUACACAGACUAACGCUCGCAAGGGCAGCAGAAUGCUUCUCUUGUUGUCUUCCUCUCAGCGACUGGACUGGCGGCUGUUUCCUGCUGGCAGGAUUGAGGGCUGUUUCAGCUUUCUGUUUCUGGCAGGGACAUCUGUUCCUUGGGUUCUUCGGCCUUACUACUCCGUAUUUCACAUGAUGUCAUAUGCAGGCUCAAGACAAAGAUCACCUUGAAACGGACUGCUAACGUCGAGUUGUGUUUGACAAGGGCUACAACAGGUGUUGAACACUUCUCCAGUACGUCUGUAAGAAUCGCCAGUGUUCCUGCCGUCCAGUGAUGAAUGAGUAGUUAGUAGUGAUGUGGCUUUGAGGCCAAAAAUGGAGAAAGAAUGAGCGAGUGAGGAAUAACAAUCUGAUUAGGUCCCAAAAAAGAAAGUUUCCAUAUCAAGAAAAACAUGGAGAUGGAAGCGUCAUCCAGUGGGAAUGCCAUGCAUGUUAUCAGGCACGAGUGACUACAACAGACUCUCCACUAGCUGAUGAAGAGUUUGUAUUUUGGGAAGUAAGCUGAGGUGUAACUUUACAGUACUAGACCGAUUAUGAAGCAUAACAACGUCAAAAAACUGUCAAAGUUAAUGAUCAACCAUAGAAAUGCCUUUCCUUUGAGAUAUUAAUUCAUGAAGAUGCUUUUGCAGAACAAGUGAAAUCAGAGUCAGACGGGUGUUUUGUUUCAAGCGAUUCAAAGUACAGGACAAAUGAGUUUGCUUGGGGAGACCGUAACCUUUUCCUUUCAUAUUUAUUAAUUUCAAACUGUAUUACUCUGGAUUUUUUUGACGUAAUUACAGCAGUACAACAGACUGCAAGAGAUUGUGGGAUGUGUUGAGAGGACAAGCAGUCCCACUCAAACCACUUUUAAGAAGUGCACAUGCAUGUGGUGUGUGUGUGUGUGUAUGUGAGAUAAGAACGUUUACGAUGUGUAGAUAUUUGGAAAACUGGCUGUAUAUUUAUCGAUGACAUGUAUGCAUUUGGAAAGUGUAGGCUAUUACACAUCAGAUGUAUAUGAGAGUAUAUUUGAUAAUUGUGUGGAUACUGUUGAAGUAUUUUUCUUUUUUUUUAUGUAAAACUUAAUUUUAAAAUAUCCCUCGAGGUGUUUAUGCACAAAGCUAAUGUUAGCAUCUGUGAAUGCUUUCAGUGGGUAUGUCAUGGAUCACAUGAUCUAAUAAAGUUAUAUUUUUAUAACUUC